CGUUCCCAACGGGGCAAUAUACCGGGGCUUGUCACAACCGCGCAAGAAGCCCUCGGUUGGAGAUUACGUUCGUCGCAACCAGUGUACGAUCGAUCGCGUGCAGCUGUAGCUGUCAUCAUGCGAACGACUGGCGUUGCGCCGUCCUUACAACGAAUCCAUACUCGCAGCGUGCUACACAUGGCGUUCUCCGAAGUGUUGUUAAUCAUCUGUUUGUUCAACCUGUGCACAACGGAAACUGAAACACCACUGGCUAUCACCGACAGUGGAAACGUAGUUGGGAAGCGUGUCGAAAUAGACGGCCGGAAAAUUGAUGCGUUUCUCGGAAUACCCUACGCCGAACCGCCGGUUGGGGAACUGAGAUUUGAGAAACCACGUCCCGCAAAAGCAUGGAACGGGACCUACCAGGCGACCCAGAAGCCAACGCCUUGCAAACAGCUACUUCUACCCAUAUUUGCUGGUAUAACGCUGAACUACUCAAGCGCCUCGGAAGACUGCCUGUACCUCAAUGUGUGGCGACCAGCGUCAGCUUGCGAGACGCCAGAAUCCUGCGAAGGAAAUCUGCCGGUUGUAGUGUUUGUUGAUGGCAACGUGUUUCAGUGGGCCGACUCCUCGCUCUUCGUAAACGACCCUGCAAAUUUUGUGGCUCUGACAGACGUGGUGUUCGUGACAUUCAACUACAGAGUGAGCAUAUUUGGUUUCCUUUCCUUAGAAGACUCGGACAUCCCUGGUAACAUGGGUCUGUGGGACCAGAACCUCGUUCUCAAGUGGGUGCAGGCGAACAUCAGAAACUUCGGAGGUGACCCAGGCAAAGUAACGCUGAGUGGGCAGAGUGCAGGUGCAGCGUCCGUUGGACUACAUGCUAUUUCAUCCCAUAGCAAAAAUUUGUUGAAGAGGAUCGUCAUGCAAAGCGGAAGCCCAUUGUCCCUCGUGAUAGGCCUGUUCUUCAAGGGGGUCGGAAAGUUUACCACCAUAACCGGAGCUCUCGGUUGUUACGACUUGAGCAAGACGUUGGACAAACAGAAGAAAGAUAUUCUGAGUUGUCUUCAGAAAAAAGAAGCGUCGCGUAUCAUUGACGAUGUGCAGAGGGUCGAUUUCAUCAAACAAAUGUUCGCUCCCAUCGACGGAGAUGACUUUUUGCCGACGAGGAUCUUGUCCGUAGACGCCUACAACAACCUUGGCACGACCGAGAUAUUGUUGGGCACCGUCAAAAAUGAAGGGCCUGUGUUUCUCAGCCACCUCAAGGCUGCCUUCCCGCGAUUCGGGGACUUGAUCUUAUCCGAAUAUAGGUUGGUAGCCAUUUUGGUCAUGUCACAGAUGCUGGACAUUCCUGUGUGGCAAAGUCGAAUAAUUGCGACAGCAUACUUCGGCGGUCCUGACGAAAAACGCAAGGCGCCCGAAGAAGUAGAGACAAUUUUUGCCGAAAUGUUUGGUGACGCCAUAUUCUACUGCCCUUCUCAGAUCAUGGCGGACAUCUUAACCCAGCAGCAAGGUGUCAAUGUUUAUCGAUACGUGUUCGUUCAUCGUCCUUCGUACAGCCUUUGGCCCGAAUCAUUUGGCGUCGCUCACAGUGACGACCUUCCCUUCACCAUGGGAUCUCUACUAUUUGUAAACGACACAACUCGGAUCACGGCUCCAUUCGGACUGAAAGGUAAAGAGGCCCUUUCUUCUGCACGCUACACUGCCGACGAAAAGAGCUUCAUGGAGGAGCUCGUCACUGCCUGGGGAACCUUCUACUCGGACGGGAAACCUAAGGUGCCCUUGACAGGCGGAAAAUGGCCACGGUACACGUUUGACGAGCCUUGGGUAAUCUACCUCGAGCCGAACAACUACACGACUAUUGUGGAGCCGAAGAGGAAGAUAUGCGAAGUGUGGAAACCAGUGCUUCUGAGGGAGUCGAAGCCGGAAGACCGUUCCUUCAUUCAAGAAGAAGAAUCGACCAAAGAAGAAACGAAAACUAACGAAGUCGACAACACGGGUCAAAUUGCAACGAGUCCAUCCACGUUCCUCUGCUCAGCUCUCAUAUUAUUCAUUUCUUUUGCCGGCCUUACGCUGUGCUACCGACGGGUGGUGGCAAUUUGGACCGGCUUCCUGUUGGCAGCAAUCAUUAUGAAACUCGCCUUGUCCCUCUCUGUCGAUCUUGGCAGGCGCUCAUUACUGCAGUUGCUCUGCGCGGCGUUCGUCCUGGCAUGCAUCUCAAGCCGGCAGUCGCUCGCCCAGGGAGCCUGCAAUGCAGUGGUUCGCACGGAAAAGGGUUUGUUACGGGGCAAGUGUCUGAGCGUCAGCGGCAACAACGUCGAAGCGUACUUAGGCAUACCGUAUGCUGUGCCUCCGAUGGGCCCCCUGCGCUUCAGGAGGCCGGAACCGGAAAUUCGAUGGAGGGGAAUUCUAGACGCCACGCAGAUGCCAAAGCCAUGCUGGCAACUACCACUGAGGUUCCUUCCGAACUUGACCAUCGACUACACCCACAUAUCGUCCGAGGACUGCCUCUACUUGAAUGUGUGGAAGCCCGCCUCACCCUGUUCGCAAAGCGGCGCGGCGUGCCCUAGCAAACGUCCGGUCGUGGUGUUCAUACACGGCGGCGCAUUCCAGUGGGGCGACUCUUCUUUGUAUUUGUACAACCCGUCAAACUUCGUGGCUCUCGCAGAUGUCGUCUUCGUCUCCUUCAAUUACCGCCUCGGCAUCUUCGGGUUCCUCGAUUCUAAGGUGGCCGGCAUCCGAGGAAACAUGGGCCUGUGGGAUCAGAACCUUGUGCUCAAGUGGGUCAGAAGGAAUAUUGACCGCUUCGGCGGUGACCCUGACGAGGUCACUCUGUUAGGCCAGAGCGCCGGAGGCAUCUCGGCUGCCUUACACGCAUUGUCCCCUUAUAGUCGCGGCCUUUUCAAGAGACUGGUACUGCAAAGCGGCACCCCGCUAUCCAUGAUACUGGGCAUAGGUUUCGGAGGCAAAGCAAAAAUCAUUCUCGCCGCUUUGGCAAUGAACUGCUAUGACAAGCAUAAAAAGCUUGAAGACCAGGCCAAGUCUAUCGCAACCUGCCUGCGUAAAGUGGAGGCACCGCAGCUGUUCGAGAAACUCGAUUCGCUCGACAUGAUACAGCAGAUGUUCCCACCGUCCGAAGAGGACGACUUCAUUCCGGGUAAGGUCCUUUCAGCGGAUACGUGGAAGCACUUGGCAGCCAAGCAAAUUCUACUCGGGUCCGUGGCCGACGAAGGAACUGUGUUUUACCGUCUGCUCAAGGAUUCGGUUCCCAUUUUCGGCAAGCUACUCUUCAGUGAUCAUCGCACUCUUAUCUCUAUUGUGCUGUCGGAGAUGUUGCACAUCGAAAUUGAAGACGGCCAGGAGCUCGUGAAAGGCUACUUCGGCGACACGGAUGACAAACCUUCCGAGGAACAAGUGGCUUCCACCAUAUGCACUAUGAUCGGUGACGCAGUGUUUUCUUGCCCAACAGUCUUCUUCGGUGAAAUCGCUGCCGAACAGGGCAUCAGCACCUACCGAUACCUGUUCAACUACCGGCCGACCCAUAGCCUCUGGCCCAAAUGGAUGGGAGUAGCUCAUGCGGACGACAUUGCUUACACCUUAGGAUCACUGCCCUUCUUCAAAGACGGAAAGCUGCUUGCACAGCAUCUGGGACCGAAAGCUGCCAAAUUCGCCGAACGUCUCACUUACACACCAGAGGAAGAUGUCUUCAUGAAGCACAUCGUAAAGAUCUGGUCGUCGUUCGUGAAAACAGGGAAACCUGUGCUUCCACCACCUGAUGUCGAAUGGCCCAAGUACACCGUCCAGAAUCCCAACGUAAUCCAUAUAGAAUUGAACAAAUUCACCAAGAAACGAGAUAAUCUUCGAAAGAGAUGCGAACUGUGGAAGCCUUUCUUGCUGGGAAGGAAUGCGACGUUACCUGACGCCGCGUAAGCGGGAAUCCGGUCAUGAACACUGCACAAUUCUCUACUCAGUCAACUCUAGUCAACGUGUGUGUCUUUAUGUUGUACAUAUUGUGAAAUAAAUACAUGCUUUCGUGCUCCA